GCCGACGAGGAGAAGUUCAAUCGCGGGAAGCUCCUCAAUGUUGGAGCCUUAUGGUGCUGUGCGCACCUCUACGAUGCAAUGAACGUCCGCCUCUGCCUACAUGACGUGGAUACCAUACCGGCGCCAUCACUGGUGCCCUUCUACUGCCACAGCCGCCCCGGGGAGUGCGUACACCUGGGUUGGGUGAACCGAAAGUAUGACUAUCCAGCCUUCUUUGGAGGCGUGUGCGCGCUGUCGCUCAGCGAUUUUUUGCGAGCUGGGGGCUUUCCGAACCACUUCUGGGGCUGGGGCCGCGAGGAUGAUGUGCUGCACAGUAGGCUCUGCUGCCUGGCUAG